AAAACCAGUCUGCUAGAGGCCCUGUUGACUCUUCUGCUGUCGGGCCUAGUUGCAGCGAUUGGCAGCUGCUUGCUCAGUUCUGGAGCAUUUCGCAAUUUUAGCCUUUUCUGCUGUUGUUGCGUGAUGGCCGGUUGCCACUUCUCCCUCAUCAAGAGUGUGCAGCCAGACCCCGCAUCUCCGCGACAUGGAUUUAACCACCUCAUAGUAUUCAGUCGCUCCUUCCUCUUCUGCCUCCUCGGUGGGAUCUUCGUAGGCAUCUUUGUGGUUACUGUGCCCAACUCCUUUCUAUCCUCCUCAUGGUCCAGAGAGGGAACUACCUGGCCCCUGGUGGAUGGCAGAAUGAUUGUACCCACAGCGGACUUGUGUGGGCCCAAGUUCUUCUUCGGGCCGGUAUCCGAUGCUGUAGUCACUGUCGCAGACUCCACAGACUAUUUACAAGUUGAGAAACUGACACUGUACGGAUUCACCCUGAACCCUAUCCAGCUAGCUUGUGGCUUCAAGGAUUUCUGUGCUUUUCUCCUUCUCGCCUUUCCGCUCGUAUUUGUUGUGGGUUUGGUGCCCCAACUGAAUACUAUGCUAAUUUAUCUACUAGAACAAGUGGAGAUUCAUGUCUUUGGUGGAACAGGAACUGCAAAUCUCGGAUCUGCUCUCUUUUCCAUAUUCCGCAGUAUCUUCGUUGCUAUUCUCGGUUUCGGACUUUGCUAUUCAGGUGCAAUACGUAAAAAUCCUCAGGAUAUCUUCUUCUCCCUAUUUUGGGGGCUCUAUCUGGCGCUUUGUUUCCUACUCGCACGCCUUCCAAACAACGCUGUUAUCUACUGGAUGAUGUCUGAUUCCUCGAUCAAUUCCGACAAGUCAUCAUGUAAACCAUUAAACACCAGGAGCAGUCUGGCCAGUCGUGUCUCCGCGUCCAUUCGCAGCCUCUUUGUUUUCAAACCAGAAGAACGACAGCAAUCCAUGCAGCGGCGGCAAUCCCAUCACCAAAGACAUCACCGGUCAGCAGGGGAAAUAGACUCCUUCCUCAGCAGUGUCAACAACUUGGAUUUGUCCCGAAAGAGCGUUGAUCUGCUUCACUGCGAUGAUGGUGGGGGCAGAGGAUCGAAGGAUAAUGAGUUUGCUGCCGGCUCAUUGACCGCAGUGGGGUUGGCCCUUCGGCGUUCACAGCCCACUGUUCCCGAACAGGAGGAGACAGCGUUUUCGCUGACCUUUGGCGCAGAGGCUAAUGGUGCCUGCGGGGAUGGAUCCUCAGGUCCUGUCACUGUUGAGACCUCAGACGCUAACGAUCCCCUCUGGACUCGUGUCGUCUCCACCAUGCUAGUUCGUCAGCGAAACGACUUCGUUGUCUUCUUUGUGUGGGCCAUUUUGGGUUUUGCCGUGCACGUGAGCACCUUCUUUACGGUACCUUCGCUACAACCCUCCUUGCCCAAAGUGCUUAUCUGGGUGGCGAUCGUAUGGGGGUUUUCUCUCCAUUACUUCUGGCCGCAGCUCCGGAAGCCCUAUCCGUGGCUGAUUUUUGCCCGCCCCGCCUGCGUUCCCAUCCCGGACGGUGGACUGGCGUCCUACGAGAUCGCCUCCUACUGGUGUCACUGGCUCGAAAAGUACUUCAUAGUGCCGGCUGUUACGCUAUCCACUUCCACUCAGGCACUGCCAACUCUCAUCAACAAGUUUGGCACCUUGUAA